AUGUGGGCUCCUAUCGACGACCUAGAUGAAGUCAAGUCCUUCAUUGGUGUAAUUUUUGCUGUACUUGGGAACAUUCUGAUCUCACUCGCGCUAAACGUGCAAAAACUAACUCACAACGAGAUCGAAAAACGUCGUCUCGACAAAGCAUUUUAUCGUUCACAGAGAGACUCUGUGCAUCCCCAAGAUUCUGGUGGCUACCAAGUACUCUUAGAUCCCGAGGAACUGGAAAGAAAUGAUUACUUGUACUUGCAUUCAAAGUCGUGGUGGUUGGGUAUGCUGCUGAUGGUUGUUGGGGAGAUUGGUAAUUUCAUAGCAUAUGCAUUUGCGCCCGCAUCCGUGGUAGCUCCGUUGGGCACCGUUGCUCUGAUUUCAAAUGUCAUUCUUGCCCCCAUAAUGCUUCAUGAAACGUUUCGCAAGCAGGACGUACUGGGCAUUACAAUUGCAAUAGUCGGUGCAGUAAUCGUAGUCGCCAAUUCCAAGACUGAUGAAGUCAAGUUGACGCCAGAGGCUAUUGAAGCAGCAUUGUUGCAAACACAGUUUAUUGUUUACUUCUUUAUUACAAUGAUUACGGUUUGUCUAUUGGCACAUGCUUCAAAUCACUGGGGACAUAAAAUUAUCUUGAUCGAUUUAUCCUUAGUAGCUAUUUUUGGCGGCUAUACUGUAUUGGCUACAAAGGCUAUCUCGUCUUUGUUGACCGUUGCAUUUGUAAAAAUGUUCGAAUGGACGAUCACGUAUGUGAUGCUAUUUACUCUUGUAAUAACAGCAGUACUCCAGAUCAAAUACUUAAACAAGUCUCUACAAAGAUUCGAUUCGACACAAGUUAUUCCUACGCAGUUUGUCCUGUUUACUGUAUCGACCAUUAUCGGUAGUUCGGUUCUAUAUAAUGAUUUUGCCAAUGCUGAUACCUGGCAGCUUACAUGCUUUUUAGCGGGUUGUUGCCUGACCUUUAUUGGCGUAUACUUUAUCACUUCCAAUCGUGACAAGCCUCCACAAUAUGUCCGUCGUUCUCGAGCAAAUAGUCUACGAUCUAGAGUUCCGCGUGUAAACAGUGGUAUCGCUUUCAGACCAGUUUUUCCUGUGGGAGUCGUAUAUGAUCCCCCUAAUGAAACGGACGAUUCAGACGAUGAAUAUCCAUUUGGAGAACGAUCAGCGAUCACCGCGAUUCCGAGGAGACACACUUUACACGAGCCUAAUGUUGACGUUACAACUCCUCUACUUAAUAGCCGCGGGUCUUUAAGGCACGAUAGUUUAAUAAGAGCUUUAAUGCAGAGUGGCGCCUCAUCGGUUGGUCAAGCUCUCAAUUCGGUUGGCGCUCGUCAUUCGCUUGCUUUGGGUUUAGAUCAAGUAUUCGAAAACUAUCGGCAUAGGACUGUGAGAGAACAGAAUGAUUUGGAAACUCUCUCUGGUAGAUCUGACAGCCAGAAUUCCAAUUUCCAUCGUCGCAGCAUGUCGGUGCCUCCAGCAUAUAUAAACAACUAUCCUAUUUCGGGUUUUCAACCAAGUAGUCCAGUAGCCAGUGAUCGAGAGGAGACUGAUAGUCAUCCCAAGUCAUUUACAAAUUCGUCAUAUUUGAGUACUUCCUACAGCAAUUCAUCGUGCUAUGACUCUGAAUCAGUAACUGAUUCUGCUGUUCAGACUGACGAUGAUUCAAGAACGACUGGAAGUCGAAGUGGAUUUACUACUUCGAAUAAUAGUAGUAUUUAUUUAAAUGAUGGAGGGAGUGAGCAUUACUUUGAUUAUCAUGUACACGAUCUUUCAGAUGAGGAAGUCCUAUUGCCUGAUAUACAGCUUGAUAAUGGGGGAGAUUUGCCUGAUCUGCCUGUUCGCAGAGAAAACUAUGAGAUAGUGGUAGAGGAAUAG